AUGUCCGCUGGCCCGCUGCCACGUCAGCAGCACCAAAGCGGCAGCGACGUUCCUCCAAGAGGCUCAUUCUGGCAGAUUCGCCGUUUCCGCCGGCUAGGCUUCUACACGGGGAUUUAUAUCGCGUCUGCCUGUGCCGCGUACACCUACGCUAAUAUAGCCAUUCGAGCGCACGUGCCGCUGGUGGCUACGCCUUACAGCGGGUAUGCUUCUGGCGCGGAAAUCCUAGUGGACACUACCAAGCUGUACCAGCGGGCACUGGGGAAUGUGUUUGAGGAAUCUGACUGGGGUCCCCUGGAGUUCACCAUUCUAGCAAAGCACUAUGAGAGGCAGGGGCAGCGAGCGUACGCCUACCAUGCUCACUACAUGGCGCACCUUAUCUCCAAUGGAGAGGUUGACGGGACCAAGCCCUCCUUGUGA